UGACUUGGAUUCACUUUGCGAAGUAAAGGGCUGUGAGUUCGGAACAGAGUAAAGGCUUCAAGCUCGUUUGCAAAUACAGCACAACUACUUCCAAGAUUAACACAGAAAUCGAGGACAGCUAUAAACUUACCAUCGAAAGAUUACUCAGUGAUUACUUACAAGGAUAGACCAACAUCAUUUUACGCUCAAGGCAUUUCAAGAUAACUUAGACAGAACAAAUCUAGAAAUGUCUCAUCUUCAAUUCGAGACGACUGUGAAUGAGUUGAUCAGACUGGAUGGACCGCUCGCUAUGGGCACCGGAAAUGAUCUACCAAGAUGGCAACGAAAGGCUAUGGAAAAUAGAGAGAGGGGGCUUGCAUUGUCACCUUCCAACGUUAAGAGAACUCCUUCCCGUGGGGCUAAGAAGACCCCUUCACGUAGACACAGCUCCAAACAGACUCCCUGUAAAUCACCUACUACUAAGAAGACUAGCAAGACACCAAGCAGAGAGCCGCUCAAGCAGCAUCCUGGCGGAGAUAGAUUCAUCCCGAACCGGGCUCUGAUGGACUAUGACCUGAGUCAUUUCAAGAUGACCCAAGGUGACCAACCCAGCACGGACGGCACGCAUGAAGCAGAUACAGUGUCCACCUAUAAUACAACAGCCAUCAAAGACAAGCUGGGUGAUCACCAAGAUGCCAAGAUACUCAGCUUCAAACAAAGGGCUCCUAAAGCACAGGAAGGUUAUUCGAACAACCUGAAGGUCCUUUACAGUUCGUCCAAGCACGACCGACCUACCAAACCCAUCAGUCGUUUCAUACCGAUGACAGCAGAACGGAUCCUAGAUGCGCCAGAACUCAGGGAUGACUUCUACCUGAACCUGAUGGACUGGAGCUUCAAGAAUAUCCUGGCUAUCGCUCUUGACAACACGGUCUAUCUAUGGAACGCCAACUCGGGUGAGAUAGACCAUCUAUUCCAGUUGGAGAGUCCAGGGGACUACAUUACGUCACUGGCUUGGCUUAAAGACGCCGAUGUUCUCGCUGUCGGGAACUCCUUGGGCCAGGUUCUGCUCUGGGACGUUGUGAAACACAAAUGUCUACGAUGUAUGGAAGGUCAUCCCACUAGAGUUGGAUCGCUGGCCUGGAAUUCUUAUAUUCUAUCCAGUGGUGGACGAUCAGGGAACAUUCACCACCACGACGUCCGAAUCGCCGAACACCUGGUAGCAUCGAACGAAGGCCACACCCAAGAGGUUUGCGGCAUAGCGUGGAGUCCCGAUGGAAAGUAUAUUGCCAGCGGCGGGAAUGACAAUAUUCUCAAUGUAUGGGACUCUACGCGAGCCAUGGCGGGGUCGGAACCACUCUACUCACUCACACAACAUCAAGCUGCUGUCAAGGCGAUCAGCUGGUGCCCAUGGCAACCGAAUGUGCUUGGUAGCGGUGGCGGGACGGCUGACAGGACAUUACGAUUCUGGAAUGUUCAGAGCGGGUUGUGUAUGAAAACAACGGACGCUAAAUCACAGGUGAGUUCGAUUCUGUGGUCACGUGAGCACAAAGAGCUAGUCACAGGUCACGGGUACGCGCAGAAUCAGCUGACCAUCUGGAAAUACGCCACCAUGGAAAGAAUCUGUGAUCUUAAAGGUCAUACAAACCGUGUACUUACGAUGUGUUUGUCACCUGAUGAAACCACCGUGGUAUCCGCUGCAGCUGACGAGACCCUACGAUUCUGGAACUGUUUCGCUCACGAGAAGAAGAUGAAGAAGUCGUCUACGAGCUCGAGGAGCAGCGAACCGUCAAAAGGCUUGAUUACAAGAACCAUAAGAUGAGGGAGGCAAUGGCGGGAA